UCUUAGACUUAGGCUUAGAAGUUAGCUGGUAGGGCUUGCUCAGACUUGCUGAUCAAAGUACAAGUUACAAAGUGACUCAUGACUGACUAAUAAUGUCUAAUAUUCUAAUAACUUGUUAAAAAAAUUCUUUCAGUACACAUAGAAGUGGAUCAGUGGCCAUCAGCAUCAAGGACAAGGCAAGGCGGCAAGGCAUUCAUUAUUUCUUAUGAUAGUCCUUCUUAAAAAUAAAAAGUAAUCUAAGAGUUUGAACUGGGCACUGGUAAGUCAAAAUAUGAGUGAUUAAUAAUAUAAACACAAUGACAUUACUAUAAAUUAUUAGUCAUACUGCGAUUACCGACAUAUUGUAUACUCAGGAGUCAGUAGCUCAGUAAGUAAAACUGUAGCUGAUCUGUAUUUUGACUUGAUGAAUCCCAUCAUAAUCUCAUAGAGAAGGCUGAUUCAUUGGACUAAGUGGAUCAAAACAUUAAAAAUAAUUUCAUUCAAUUUCAAGAUUCCUGUCCGAAAAGUUUUCCACAUUUUUCUGAUGAAAGAAUACUGCUGCACAUUUGACUGUGUAGUAUUUGUAUAUAAUUUUCAAAUCCACAAGUGUCCAAAGACAAAAAAAAGUGUGAUUUUCAUCCACUUUAUAACUUCCCUUAAUUAAAUCUAUCUCAACUUUUUUUCCCAACAGAAAUGUAGCCAAUAAAUUUCAUUGCAUAAAGUAGUAGUCAAUAGUAAUAAUAAUAAUAAUAAUAAAGUUGAUUUAAAAAACACGCUUCAUCCCCAAAGGCUCGAAGCGCGGUACAAAGUCAACAAAAAACAUAUCUAUAAUUCACCACAUUUAAAACAAACACAACACUACAAAAACUAAUUACAAGCAUACAAUAUCAAAGUCUUUCUAGCCAUUUCAACCCGGAGCUACACAGCAACACAUGGAAAAUAAGGUAGACAAUCAAUUUCUCCUUUAGCCUAAGUAUUGUUAACAAUUAAUAGACGAGUCUUUAAUCUACAAUAACACUAUAAAAUAUGCCUGCUUGCCUUCAUCGUCUUUAUCUUUUCAACUUCCAGUUGAGCAUAUGUAACAUUUCUUUCCAAGCCUUUCAUAUGACAUAUGACUUUGUCGAAAGAGGAAGUAAGGGAUAAUACCUCCUUAUUUUCAAUGUUAAAUUAUAGACUAGGAGAGAUAGUUUUUUUUUUAAUCUUCUCAAAAUUGUUUCAGUAAAAACACUCUUCUUAUUGAACUCUUUAUUCAUUAAUGUUUUAUAAAAUGUAUUUAUAAUAUAAAUUUAAUUUAAAUCAACUUUAUAAUUAUUUUGCAGAGGUUUCAGCUCUUUCAAAUUUAUAAUAUGCUGUGCAGAACUUUAAAAGCUGGUAACUGUUAAACAUUUCUUUUCAUUAUAAAUUAGAUAACCUUUAUAAUACUCAAAUUAAGUUGGAAUUCUUACGACAAAAAAAAAAAACAAUGUUAAAUUUAAAUGUGAAAAAUGAAUUUUUUAAAAGUUGAUCACUACAAUUUUGAUUUCAGUUUAUGAGUUUAUGUUGCAAUUUAUUUUAACUUGUAUAUAUUUUAUAGGAAAUAAAGUCAAGAAAAGCGAGUCCUUACCUAUAACAAACAAUCUUAUCAGCAUGCACCAAUUUUCUGAAGAAGAAGUAAAAAGGCUGAAAAUGUCAUUACUGUCCUGGUAUGAUUUGAAUAAAAGAAAUUUGCCUUGGAGAAAGGUAAUCUUUUAUUUCAGUAGUAAGGUAUCUUGAUUUCAUGAUUUAAAAAUAGAAGUGAAAGCUCUGCCAAUUUACUUCACCACAAAGAGUUAGCAGUUUCAAAUUCAUCAGGGGUCACCCCCAGCUAUGGAGUUUUGUAAUGGAAUUGAUAUGUCAACCUUUGAAAUCAGGAGACAUACUUACCAAUUUAAGGUUAUAGCUGUCGAAAUGAAUGCUGCUGGCUUCCAUCCAUCACAAUGUGACAAUGGUGAAGACUUCGAGGACGAAAUCGACAAGGCCUGAGAUUAUUCUUCUAGGAUUAUAAGCUGGUUCCCAACAGCAAAUCGCCUCUCUCCAUGCCGCUGGAAAACCCACGGGAACAUCAUGUGGAUGAUACAGCUUGUCACCAGUGGCGUGAAAUGUUUCAUUGUACUAUGUUAUCCGCAUAAAAGACUCCAUCUCCGGGUUUAAAUUCAGAGUUUCCUUAUCUUAGAUGAGUUGCCAUCCUGGGGUGCUGGUGAUGCUUUUGCUUGACUGGUCUUUGGCUGGAAUUGAACUCCAGACCACCAACUUGAGAUUUGCUCAGUUUAAAAUUAAAUGGUCUUUAUAUUAUUUUACUGAUUUAGUGAAUGUACAUGAACAGAAAUGAAUUUCUAUUAUAAUUUUUGUAUAUCAGUACUGUUGUUAUAUAGUUGUUAUGGUAGCAAGCCAAAAUAAUUACAUAAGGACUGUGCGCCUCACCCCCCUAAAAAAAAAAAAAAAAAAAAAAAAAAAAAAAAAAAAAAAAAAAAAAAAAAAAAAAGCACACACAAAUAAUAUGUCAAUAUAUUUUUGUUAGAUAUCAAGUGAAAACCCACAUCAAAGAGCUUAUGCAGUUUGGGUAUCAGAAAUCAUGCUUCAGCAGACACAAGUUGUCACGGUUAUUGACUAUUAUAACAAAUGGAUGAAGGUGAAAAAUUCAAAUUUUAUGUUUCAUCUCAUGAAUUGUUUUUUUAUGUUAAUUUGUAUAUUUGUUACAUAAAAUCCAGAGUCUUUUUAAAAUAUUUUUAAAGCUUUUACCAGAUUGUGUUACUCGAAAUGAAUUAAAUAGCAACAAAAAAAUGUUGAGAUCAUUGUUCAGUGAGGAGUAAUAACAUACUUGUUGAAACUUACUUAUGCCUUUUACCCAAUCAGGGACAUAGGCCAUCUGCAAAAAGUUUCCAUUCAUCUCGGUCCUGUGCUUUUCUUUCCAGUUGUGUCCAGGUGUAUCCCAUACUUUUUGUGUCUGCCUCUAGCUCGCGUCUCAAUGUAUUGUUUGGUCUUCCUGUCUUUCUUUUUCCCUGUGGAUUCCAUGUUAGGGAUUGUCUGGUUAACGAAGAGUGUGCCCUAUCCAUCCCCAUCUUUUUAUUAUGUUGUCUUCAGCAGUAAGCUCCUGGUAUGAGAAUAGAUUAGAAAGAACGAUACCUCAUAAUCUUUUGGAACUCUCUCUUCUUCCCAUAUCUUUUAAAACAGAGGAUGCAACAUGUUGACCAUUGUAUCUAUAUCUGCUCUCAUUAUCUCUGUUGUGAUGUUUUCCAGUCCCUAUUUUGAGCUGCUUGAUAGCCAGGAUUUUUCUUCCUUAUCUGAGGCACUGUCUUCUUUUGGAAAAUCUUCAUCUGCUAUGUCUGUGGCUGGAGGUCUGUUUGGUAAUUCCAUAAAGUAUUCCACUGUCCACCCCUCUUUUUUCUUGUUCUUUUCAUUCAAUUAUUGAUCUACCUUCCUUGUCUUUAACCCCAUCUCUUGUAUCUUUCUGAGAGCUUUUUUGUAAUGUCAUAAUAUUCUUUCAUGUUCCUCUUUCUGGCUGCUUCUUCUGCUGUUGACACUAGACCAUCCAUGUACGCUUAUUUUAUCCUUUUUGAUACUUUUCUUUACCUUUUGAUUUUCGUCUAUAUAUUAACUUGUGCUUUUGUUUUUUCUGCCCUGGUGUGGCUGUUGUUGACUGCACAUUUCAUUGCUUUCCUCUUGUUUAUUUUUUGCAACAUGUUGAGUGAGAGCCAAUCUUUGUGUUUUUAUUUCACCUGUCCUAAUACCUCGUUUCUCGUGGAUGUUACAGAAAUCUUUAUAUUUUGCCAUCUGGUCAUCUUUUCGGUCUUUCUGUACCUGAAACUUAUUUUUCAAGGUAACAUUGAAUUCCUGUCAUUUCUGUUCAUUUUCCAGAAGUGCUAUUUUGUAUUUUAGUCUUCUAGCUGUUGGCUCUUCCCAGUUUUUCUUCAGUUUUAGCUUGAGUCUUGCUCAAACUAGAUGGUGAUCAGAUUUUUUUGCUAAUGUAAAUAUGGUCAAUUUGGUUUUGUUUUCUGUUAUCAGGGGACAGCCAAGUUACUUUUUGGAGAUUCUUAUGCUGGAAUUCGCUGACCCCAAUAACGAGCUUAUUUGCAGCACAGAUGUCUGCCAGUCUUUCGCCAUUUUCAUUUCUCUCGCCUAUACCAUGACGCCCCAUAAUUCUUCGUAUCCUCUGUUUUCUUUUUCUAUCUUAGCAUUUAAUCUGCCAUUAGGAUAUGUAGAUCUCUACCUGCUUAUUACCUUUAAAAGGAGGGUCCUCGGCUUUGAGGCAUCCAGUGUAACCUGGCUUUGGCCCCAAGGUUUCAUAAGUCUUCUUGGGGAAGAAGAGCCCUUUCUUAUCAGGGCUGAAAUUUUUUUUUCUUAUUUUUGACAUUUCUGUAGCAUUGAAUCUUUUUAUGGGUGAUGUAGCUGGCCUCAUACCAAUCCUCUUUAUUAUUUGUUAUAUUUGUUGAAAAUCUGUAUAAAAUUAUUCUGAAUUUACUUUUCAAUGAAGGUAACUUAAGGACCUUUAUUAAUGCAACUAAUUCAAUUAAAUGUUAAAUGCAAUUAUUUUUUUCUCAGAAGUGGCCAACAGUUCAAGACCUUGCUGCAUCAAAUAUUGAGGUAAUACAUUAAUAUUACUCAUGAUAGUAUGUUGAGCCUUCUCGUCCAUGAGGGGCAUCCACCGAUCAUCGUCGGCGUCUGCGGUUCCUCCAAGGGCAUAGGCCACCUACGAGAGACCUCCAGGCAUCUCUAUCCUGGGCCAGCUUCUCCAGGAUCUUCCAUUCAUGGCCAAUUUUCUUGAUGUCUGUCUCCAAUUCUCGGCGCCAAGUGUUUCUUGGACGGCCUCUUUUCCGCUUACCCUGUGGGUUCCAUUUCAGGGCUUGCUUUGUUAUGUUAGAAGCAGGUUUUCUUAGUGUAUGACCAAUCCACCUCCACCGCUUCUGGAGAAUCUCUUCCUCAAUGGGUUUCUGUUUUGUCCGCUGCCACAGUUCCUGGUUGCUGAUUUUGUCUGGCCAGUGAAUUCUGAGAAUCCUUCUUAGACAGUUGUUGAUGAAGGACUGGAUUCUGGUCAGGUUUACGGCCGUUGUUCUCCAUGUCUCGGCUCCAUAUAGCAGCACAGGUUUUACCAUAGCGUUAAAAAUCCUUACUUUUAACUUGCUGCCUAAGUUGUUAGAGACCCAAACAUUCUUGAGUUGUUGGAAGGCUGCUCUUGCUUUUCCUAUCCUUAUUUUGACGUCCGCAUCUGUACCACCUUGUUUAUCUACCAUGCUGCCAAGGUAAACAAAACUGUCCACCUCCUCAAGGGCUUCUCCUUCAAGCAUAAUGGGUGAUGUACUGGUGGCAUUAACCUUGAGGAUUUUACUCUUCCCUUUGUGAAUGUUGAGACCCAUGCUAGCAGAAGUGGCUGCGACAAUGUUUGUUUUCUCCUGCAUCUGUUGUUGGGUAUGUGCAAGAAGUGCAAGAUCAUCAGCAAAGUCAAGAUCAUCCAGUUGAUCCCACAAGGUCCAUUGGAUGCCAUUUCUUUUCUGCUGUGUAGAUGUUUUCAUCACCCAGUCAAUGGCUAACAGGAAGAGGAAUGGUGACAGCAAGCAACCUUGUCUCACACCAGUCUUCACCUGGAAAGCAUCUGUCAACUGCUGGCCAUGGAUAACUCGGCAGUUUAUCCCUUCGUACAUGUUUCUGAUUAUAUCAGUAAUCUUCUGUGGCACCCCGUAAUGCCUUAGCAAUCUCCACAGGGUUUGCCUGUCAACACUGUCGAAGGCUUUUUCAUAGUCAACAAAGUUGACAUAGAGCGGCGAGUUCCACUCUAGUGACUGCUCUAGAAUGAUGCGCAGUGUCGCUAUCUGGUCCGUGCAGGAUCUGUUGGUGCGAAAGCCGGCUUGUUCGUCCCGCAACAGAGGGUCUACAGCGUUUUUCAUCCUGUUAAGUAGUACACGGUUGAAAACCUUUCCUGGGAUGGACAGCAGGGUGAUCCCUCUGUAGUUCGAGCAGGAGCUUAAGUCUCCCUUCUUUGGGAUCUUGAUAAGGUAUCCCUCUUUCCAAUCGGAAGGAACUUGCUCCUCUUCCCAUAUCUUCAUAAACAGAGGGUGUAGCAUUUCCACACUGGUUUCCAGGUCCGCCUUCAGUGCCUCUGCUGGGAUGCCAUCAGGUCCCGCAGCCUUUCCAUUUCUGAGUUGUUUAAUGGCCCUGCUAAUCUCUUCUUUGGUGGGACUAUUACAGUCAAUUAGCAGGUCAUUAUCGGCUGGUUGGAUAUCUGGUGGAUUUCUUGGUUCAGGCCUGUUCAGGAGCUCUUCAAAGUGCUCCUUCCAUCUCCCUCUCUGUUGCUCCUCACUUGGUAUGGUGUUUCCCAUUUUGUCCUUCACUGGUCUCUCUACCUUGCUAAAUUUCCCUGACAGCGUCUUAAUGGUAUCAAACAGUUCCCUCAUGUUCCCCUGGUGAGCUGCAUCCUCUGCUUCUUUAGCAAGUUUAUCAACAAAUUCCUUCUUGUCCCUCUUGAUGCUUUUCUUAACUUCCUUAUUUGCAUCUGCAUACUCCUUCUGGGACUUGUUUUUCUGUGCUCGGGUGCGGCUGUUAUUCACUUCUGAUUUCUUUCUUUUCCUUUCUUCUAUUUUAUUCAGCGUACCUGCUGUCAUCCAUUCUUUGUGUGCCUUUUUCCUGUUUCCUAGCACUUCUUGACAUGUUGACUGGACUGUUUCUUUCAUGCUUUGCCACUUUCCUUCGGUGGUUUCAUCUUCAAGUAUUUCUUGUAGGACUUGGAACUUAUUGAAUAGUGAGAUUCUGAAUUCUUCCUUUUUGGCUUGGUCCUUCAGGAGGGAGGUAUUAUACCGAGUCCUGUAUGCUGUUUGCUCGGUAUAAUGUCUCUUUAGUUUUAAUUUCAUCCUGGCCACAAGAAGAUGAUGAUCUGAGGCAAUAUCAGCUCCCCUCUUAACACGUACGUCUUGGAGAGAUCGCCUGAAUUUUUUACAAAUACAUACAUGGUCUAUUUGGUUCAUCGUUCUCAUGUCCGGAGAGACCCAUGUAGCUUUGUGAAUCCUCUUGUGCUGGAAAAUGCUCCCCCCUAUGACCAGGUCAGCUGUGGCACAUAGGUCCGCAAACCUCUCACCAUUGUCGUUCAUCUCGCCUAUCCCUUGCUGUCCCAUAACCUCUUCGUACCCUGUGUUGCUAUUGCCGAUCUUGGCAUUAAAGUCUCCAAUGAGGAUGACGAUGUUCCUCCGUGGGCGAUCCUGGACUAUGUUCAUUACUCUAUUGUAGAAUUCUUCUUUGUCUCCUUCAUCACUUUCAUUAGUUGGUGCGUAGCAUUGUAUAACAUCUAGGUUGAUGCUACGUUUCUUUGUUCGAAAGGUUGCUAAAAGAAUUCUAGGUCCAUGGGCCUCCCAUCCAAUGAGUGCUCCUUGUGCUGCCCUUGAUAGCAUCAUAGCAACACCCAGGGUAUGUGGGGCAUUGUCUUCUUCGUGUCCCGAAAAUAUCACCAUCUCUCCUGAGAUUAAUCUCUUCUGUCCCCAUCCAGUCCAUCUUGCUUCACUAAUUCCGAGAAUGGUGAGCUUAUAGCUCCUCAUCUCAGCGGCUAUUUGUGCCGCUUUACCAGCCUCAUACAUGGUGCGGACAUUCCAAGCGCCAAUGAUGGUGGUAGUCCUGGUAGAGAUGAUGGUUGUCGGCUUAAUAGCUUCCAGGUUUCGGCUUUGACUAUUAGGCGUCAUAUUUUCCUCCUCAAGGAAUCCAUCCUCUCCCAGGACUGAAAUGUCUUUAGUUACUCUUUUCGGUGCUUUUGUAACUAUGAUUUUUUACAUGGCAGGGUUGUUGGCCUUGGGCACAACCACUUGGGGGGUUGCCCCUCACAGCUCAAUGGGUAGCUGCCUUUGUUCGGGUUAGGUCCCUAGCCUUUGUGGAUCCCUCCACUUCCUACAAGGCAGUAGGGAUGAUUUUGGUCCGCCCCGGGUAUUUUAUUUCCCCGGUACCCUCCAUAUCUGGCGGGCUUUCCCCUAUCCGCCGGCUGGGGAGGCGCUCGAUAGAAGAUCAGCAUCUCCCACGAGUCAUAAUAGUAUAAUACAUCAAUAUUUAUAACUAUAUGACUAUUUGCAUCAUGUGUACUUUUGCAGUGAACAGUUUAAAAAAAAAAAGUUAUAAUAAUAUUUUAGUUUGAAAAAGAAUUCGCUGUUUGAAAACUGAAAAAAAAAAUUAAUAAAGUUGCAGCAGGAACAUGCAUUAAGUUUAGAGUUGUCACAAAUAAAUCAGAUCUAUGUAUGGGAGUACCUAUCUGUGUGAAAAGCGCUUUUCUCACAAUGAAAUUUAAUAAGUAAAAGUUUAAGGCCAAACUUACUGAUGAGCAUCUUCAAGCUAUACUGAGGGUCUCAGUUGCUUCCUCACUUAAGCCAAAUGUUGCUCAGCUGUGUAAGAAGAAACACUGCCAGAUCUCUAGCAACAAGGAGUAGGAGGAAGAAAGUGAAGCCUAGUUUUGAGAACCCUUACCGGGUAAUGUUUUAUUUUGUUAUUAAUAAAGAUUGAGCAGAUUGUACCAGUUUUACUUUAUUGAAUUUGUAAUCGCUUUUUUUUUUAAUUGAUGCGGCCUAGUCUCACUCAGACUCUACCUCCUGUGGUCCCCGGAUGAUUUGAGUUUGAGACCCCUGUUCUACACAGUACAAAAUGUACAAAAAUAAACAAGGGACUCAACUCUAAAUUUAAAAAAAAAUUAAAAUCUUUAAUAAAAUACAAAAAGAAAAAAAACUCUGGUUCCAGAACACCAUGGUCAUAUUUCUUUAAAAAAAUAGCUGCACAGACUCUUAAUUAAAGUAGCACUUUGAAUCUCCGCCCGAAACUGAUGUACCAAGGGACAGGUUGGGCAGAAUCAGAUUUUCAGGUGAAUAUCAAGCGAACAUUUCUGAAAAAAAACAUCGACAUGGACCAAUAUUGAGGGUCUAUUGUAUUGUUUGGACAACUUUAAUAAAUGGUUUUCACAAAUCAAGUUCGUUCAAGGUCCCAAUCUGAUUUAACAGAACACAAAUCCUAUUUCAAGAGCAACAUAAACUUUAACCCUUUUAACCCUUGGCUCCUGGGCCUAAAAUAACCAUUCCCCUGGGCUGCUUGGGAAAAUUCCACAAACUGACACAGAAGCAAACAAAAUCAAAUGAUUAUAAAUUAUAAAAUUAAAUGUUUUUUUAUUUCAAUCUAAAGUUAUCUGUUAGUAGUCCAAAAGUAUUUUUAAAAUUUAUCACAAGGAGAAAAUUGUCUAGGAAUGGUGUAAAAUAGCUUAGAAAAAGCUCAUUUAUAGGACCCUGAUUUUUCAUAAAAGCCAGAGCUAGGACUAGGGGUAGAUCUUGUGUUGUUCAGUUUAUUCCCAAAGCACACUCACACAUCAAUUGCACUAGAAGUUGAAGUCAAUGGAUUGUCACUAUCAUUGUCUAUUUCCUUUAUUUCAAUCCUUUAUCAAAACACGAUAAUAAUCCUUUGAAUCAUUUGCAUCAUCAUAACCUCUCUGGUUUGAGUAAAUUAGAAUAGCAAUUUUUGUCACCUCUAUACAUUGAAAAACAUUACAAAAACAAUGCAUCCAUGGGCGCUGCCAUUACUGUGACUUUUCACAAGUCACGUGAUAAACCCUGAACUCAGUAUUUACAACACAUUUUAUAUACAGGCUGUCGAUCUAGGGUAAGGUAUGGGAGACCAAAAUAUCGGUCUGGCGGGCUGUGAAUUUUUAAGACACAGAUCGAUAAAGCGGAAUUGCGGGGGUCAAAGGGUUAAUCUAGGCUUCUCUAUCAUCCCUCAGACUCCAGCUGCCAAAUGAUUAGCACAUACUCCAAGACACUACGUAACGGAUACAUAAAAAUCACGUCACCAUACAUCACAAGUCUCAUGGUGCCAAAGCAUUCAUUAACCAAACUGUCGCACACAAGACUGCACAAUAAAACACAUCAUUCGGUGCACAACAAAUGCAAGACAAUAUCCAUGCUCGACAGCAUAAAGAAACAUUAAGUGGUUAUCAUGCAUUAUUAAAUCUGAUAUUAUCAUAAAAAAAUUUUCUUCAGGAAGUAAAUAAAGCAUGGUCAGGUCUGGGAUAUUAUUCUAGAGGGAGAAGGCUUUUGGAAGGAGCACAGAAGGUAUAAUUUCACUUUUAUACAACUAUAUCCUUAUUGUCGUGAUUCAGACCUGUUUACUCUUAUGAUUUUGGCGUACAAUGUACGAUUUUGAGAUGUAUUUUACUAUUCUAUGCUGAGACCUGUCACAAGUACUAUUUUAAGAGACACAAAAAAUAUUGUUUUUCCCCCACAAAUGAGGAUGGGGGAGGUUGGUCGCCGAACGAAAUAAUAACGUCCCUAGCACGUAAAGACUACAGUGUCUUGUCAAUAGGCUAAAUAUUACUAUAGCGACAUGAACUAUUUAUGAAAACAUGAAGCAUCUGUAUGCUGAUAACUGCAAAACAAGGUGAUAUUUUUAUAACCUUCAUAGGCCUAAUAAAAAUCAUGGAUUUUAACAGAUUUUUAGGUGACAGCUCUUCUGGAGACUGUCAGGAUAAAUAUUGUAUAAAUUAUGCAUAAAUGUAGGUACAUCUGGUGGACUCCUCACCCCACCACCCCUUCCUUGCUCUCAUACAAAGCCUCAUUGUAUAUGUAAGAUAUGGACUGCCCCUUACAUUGACAGGGUGUGGGUAUGAAAAUACUGGUAUGUUUUUUUUUUGUUUACAUUGUAUAUGUAUGUCCCAUUGUUCAAUCAACUCUGGCAUUCAAAUUUGGCUACAUUGAUUCUUGUGCACAUGCAUGGAUGAUUUUAAUGUUAUCAUUAGCACUCCUUUUUCAAGACUACAUAUUUUAAAAAUAUAUUCUCAACUGCUCCGCACAGCAGCAUUAGAUUUUGACAUAUUCUAUAAGAUCUAGUAAGCAGUAUUUUAAAUCUAUUUUUACAAGUCACUAAGCAGCUGUACAAUUUUAAUACCUCAGUUUUGUUCCAUCAUUUCCCUUCUCUCAAUACAGCUUGCAGUAGACCACAAUGUUUUAACAGAAAAUAAAAUCAGUCUCCUAGGCUUAAUGUAAGGGUGGGCAGCCUGCCACAUUAAAUGUUGUGGCCUGCCGGAUGUAUCAUAAAUGAACUUAUUUCUUCAUUCAAAUAGCAAUUAUUUUAAUUUGUGGCAUAAGCAUACAUUUUGUUAUAUAUAUACCUCAUUUUUGUAGACACUAUGCACCAUUUCGAUGCACCCACCCCCAUUUCGGACUGAUAGAUUGAAAAUAAAUUGAAAAAAGUAAUAAAUUCUUUUAAAAUUUACUAAUCAAUAACUAUAAAAUAAAAAGGAUUUAUGUAAACAAAGCUAGGUAAGGGGAACCAAAUUUUUUGCAAGCAUUAUGAUUAAGUCUAGAAUGAUGCAAAACUAAUUCAGGUAUACGUAAAAGUGCAUCCCAGCGUUUUGCAUUUCUAAAAAAAAUUCUAGGCAGGGGGACUCAGCCUCCUCCCCAAACCCCACUUGCACCUGCACAAGCAGAUGACUGCGGCCGGCCUCCUCAAUUUCCACUCCCCCACCACAUCUUUGUCUAUAAAAGUGGCAAAUGACAGGCACAUUUUUAUUUUCAAUAAUGCACUGAAUAUAAAUAUAUAAACGUCAGUCAUCUACUUUGAGAAGUGACCUUUAUUAGACAUGGGAUGCGAAUAGUUAUUGUAUACAUUAUACUGUAUGUUUACUAUUACAAUACGGUAUUUUAAGAUUUUGAGAUGGUAAAAGUACUAUUCUGAGACUAUAUUAUACUAUAUUAGGAGUUUUAGUGUAACCACAGACCUGUUUACUCUUACGAUUUUGGCGUACAAUGUACGAUUUUGAGGUGUAUACAUUUUAUAUACUCUAUGUUUGUUUUUUUACUAUUAAGAUAAUGUAUUGAACGCUUUUGUGAUCAUAUUGUACGAUUUUAAGAGUUUGAGGGUAAACAGGUCUGUAACCAGGUCUGGUAAUUGGAUGUUGUGUGUCAUUGUAGUGAAAUGUUCGUAACUAUGAAGGAUUAGUGAAAUGUUUUUUGAUAGAUGUAUUCUUCCUGAGAUUGUUUAGGGUGGAACAAAUGCAUUUCGGAAAUACCUUGACCCGGAGAUCCACAUUAGUAUUUUUCCUUAUAUGAGUUAUACAAAUAAAAUGAAUCAGGAUUUUGCGGUGCAGCUAGGUUGGUCAUGAAAAUUUAAUGUAAGUUUUUAUUGGUUCACAAAAAUGAACGUCUUUUCUGUGGGUUUUCUUCAUUACAUUAAAACAUAUUGUUUUGUUAUUAAUUUUCAGUUUGAUACUUGUCUCACUCAGGUUGUAAAAGAAAUGUCAGGACAGAUGCCUAACACAGCAGUUGAGUUAGAAAAAAAGCUACCAGGUGUUGGACGUUACACUGCAGGAGCAAUAGCCUCAAUUGCUUUGGGAGAGGUAAUUCUAUUUAAUCUGUCAGACCAAUUUGAUUUUGGAUAUUUAAAGGCAUUAAAAUAAUUAAAGGUAAAUGAAAAGAUAAAAGAACCCCAUUAUUGUCUUGAUUAAAAAAAAAGGGGUAACAACACUUCUUUUAGUUGUAAAUUGUUACAAAUAUUAUAACUGGUACCGUAAAUAAGAGUCUUAAACAGGGUUAAAUAGAUUUUCUGACACAAAUUUAAAUGCAACAUGGAGAUCAUUAAUUUUUUUAAUAAGAUUUUAAAAGUGUUACUAUUGCCAAGCAUGCAAAUUUUUACAUACCAUUAUAUGGUUUUUGUACAUUUAAGCUGUUUUAAGUUUUGGCUCAUUUGUUGGACAAUACUGUUACAAAGAACUGAAAACCAGUAUAUAAAGAAAAACGAUACCAAAAUCAUUGAUAAUAACAAUGUUUAAAUUAAAUAUACUAUAAAGCUUAUAUAAAAAUACAAAAUCAAAUAGAAAUAAAAACUAUUUUAACCUAUAGCACAGCAAGUGAAAAAGUAUAAUCCUUGAAAGAUACAAAUAUUGAUAUACACACACAACAAGUACAGUCUCAUAAAUGCUCCCAACGAUAACCCAUAUAGUCACUGAAAGCUUGUCUUCUGGCACUGUUCCCUAUAUUUGUAAGUCAGCUGUCAUCAAACCAUUAUUUAAGAAGCCUGGUCUGGAUAAAAAUAAUUUAAAAAGCUAUUGACCUGUAUCUAACUUAUCAUACUUAUCUAAAGUCAUUGAAAGCUUUUUGCUUACUUAAACUACCAUUCUCUUCUCAGUCCUAAUCUGUCGGCCUAUAGACCUUUCCAUAGCAUUGAGAAAAACUCUCUUGAGAGUCACCAAUAACCUCUUGCUCACAUAGGACAGUGGUGAUAUCUCCAUCCUGAUCCUCUUAGACCUCAGUGUGGCCUUUGACACUAUUGACCAUGAAACUCUUUACAAAAACCUUGAAAAUUACUUUGGAAUUUCUGGAUCAGUUUUGGUUUGGUUUAGGUCCUACCUCUCCGAUAAAACGGAGGUGGUCACUGUCGAUGGCUGUCUCUCUGGCAUUGCUGAAUUGGUGUCAGGAGUGCCACAGGGGUCCGUUUUGGGCCCGGUUCUAUUCACAAUGUAUACCAGGCCACUGCUCCUCUUGCUCGGCAGGCUUGCUGUGGAGAACCAGUCAUUUGCAGAUGACACGCAGCUAUACAAGCAUACCUAUCCCUCUCUUUUGGAUCUGCUGUCCGGACUUUGCGGGAGAGCAUUUAUCAUGUCAAGACAUGGAUGACACUCAGCAAGUUGAAGUUUAACGAUGACAAAACGGAAGCACUCCUUAUUCACGAUGACAAAUCAUCCUAUAACUCAGCUCUCCCCACUUCAUUUCAUGUAGGUAACUCCGACAUACAGUUUACAUUCUCAGCUAGGCAUCUUGGUUAUAUUCUGUCUAACAUGUCUCUUGAUAAUCAUAUCUCUCACAUUUGUCGCUCUGCAUACACCCCUAUUCGUCAAAUCAGCUCCAUCCGCCAUUAACUUAUAGUUAGCGCAACAAAAACCCUAGUCUGUGCUCUAGUUCUCUCUCUUCUUGAUCAUUGUAACUCCCUUCAAUCAGGUUCACCAAAACACUUCUGAGAAAAAUUUCAAAAGGUUUCAAACUCAUCUGCUAGGCUAAUUCUAAAGGCAAAAAAACGUGAUCACGUCACAACACUACUUCAUUUACUUCUUUGGCUGGCUCCCUGUACAAGCACGGAUUGACUACAAACUCUCUGUUCUCUGCCACAACUUUUUCUUGAAUUCCUCCCCUUCCUAUCUAACCGAACUUCUCUCUGUCUAGUCACCCCUCCGACAGCUUCGCUCCUCGCAGACGAGCGUAUUCUUUCUGUCCCCAAGACUCGCACAAAAACAUAUGGUGAACGACCGUUCUCUUUCUCUGCCCCAAAACAAUGGAAUUCUCUUCCAUUACACAUUCGUUAUAUACCGAACAUCACACCCUUCGAAACUGCACUCAAGAUACAUCUCUUUAAACUCUACUAUCCUGACUGAUUCCCCCCUCUGACCGAUAAACCAUGCUGCUGGGUAGCCGUCCAUGGCUUGAAUGUGUUGAGUGAAUAUAUAUUUGUUUUGUUUUAUUUAAUUAAUGUAUGUUAAUUUUUAAGUUCAUGAUUAUGUUUGUUAAAUUGUAUUUACAGUGUAGUGAGUCCAGCCCUAAGCUGGAGUAGGUAUUGCGCUAUAUAAAACCCCCACUAAUUAUAAUAAUAAUAAAAUGAAUUCUAGAAAUUUGCUUCAUCCGAUAGCAUUCUUUAGAACAGAUAUAACAAUCUUUUCCCAAUCAAGGGAGGAGAAAGGUUGGUACACAUAUAAUCAUUGACGUCAAUAUAAAAAAAAGGGGGAUUACAAGUUGUGGUCGCCACAAUGCUACUUUGAAGUAAAAUUAGGUCAACACAAAUGCUAUAACAGCAAUAUUCAAAUAUUUUACUCAGUAAAAGUUUGAAGCCCUCAUCUACAUGUCAAUUUAUUCAUCACCCUACUCCCUUACUGACUGCCCUGUAUAUUUUCUGUCCAUGUAUCUGUAAUAUUUAUAUGCUUGACCUUUAACAAAUUUGAACUUCCCUUUCUCCCUUCCAUUUCCAGAUCUUCUCAAAAGAUACUUUCUAUUCUUCCCUUCCUUUGUACUUUAAUUGUUAGAUUGUAUGUGAUUUCAAAGUGCAACCCUUGAAGAGGCAACCCAACAAAAACAUACAAAUAAUAGUGAUUUAUUUUUGGUUUAAUAAAACAAUUAUUCUGAGCUAAAAUAUUUCUUUAUUAGGGCUUAACUGGGUGCAGUGUUUUUUAUACUGGGUCUGGGUAUUUUGAGAAAUAGGCCUACCGACAGUCCUACACCCUACCUGCUGGCCUUUAAACAAUAGGCCUACAGACAACCCUCCAGACAAUAUCUGUGUCUCAUUAUUGAUUAAUACAGCAACUCCCCCAAAAGUAUUUUUUUUUUACCUGACAGCCUUUUUUUUUCAACUCAGUACUAUUAAUAUAAAUAAAACAUGUGCCCAACGCAAGCAAAAUAUAUAUUAGAGAUUUGUAAAAAAGGAAAUUUUUCACAUGAAAAAUGGAUUGUAAUCCUCUUGAGAUGGAGCCUUUUUGGACAGAUACAGCACUUUUCAGAAGCCCUGCAAAAAAAUUGAAAAAAAAAAAUUUACUUUACAAAUAUAAAACUAUAUAUUAUAUUGUGUAUGGGGGGUUGUGUAUGGAAUUGAAUUAACUAUAAGAUCUUUAUGAAUCAAACUGAAAUCUCAACAGCUAUGAAAAUGAGAUAUCCUUAUUUGCAUAGUUUGUGCUUUCAAUUUAUUUUAAUUACUUGGAAAUGAAAUUGUCUUACUUGCAGAAUUUUAGUAAAUUUUAUGAUUGUUGAAGCAAGCCUAAAGAAGUCUUAACAAAAAUUUGAAUGAGAUUUAAUGUGAAAAUCUGCAUAAAAUAUUCUCCUGGGGCUGCUUGUGGCUGUUGGCAUAUUUCAAGUUCAUAUUUUUUAGCAAUUAUAAGAGUCACUAGCUAAUAAAAUAAAUUCAUAUAAAAUGACUGAAAACCAUUAAAUAUCAUUGAAAGCAGCUAUUAAAAUGGUGAGGUAAGCAAGAAAUGUGAGAAGCAAUCUGAUUAGCUUGAACAAAGACCAGCCAACCAAUCUCAAGGCUUUUAUUAUUGGGCCAAUGAAAUAGCUUUUUGUCUUUUUUUGGCAUAAGAGGGUUAAAAGUAAUUUUUUAGUGUAUCCCAAAAAGUCCCUUUCCCUGUAGAUCUGAUGAUGUAAUUGUAAAAAUCUGAACACAUAGAAAUACAUUUAAAACUUUCUACAUUUAGGUGACUGGACUCGUGGAUGGUAAUGUGGUGCGUGUUUUGUCCCGUUUAAGAAUGAUAGGGGCAUUGACAACUCAACCAGAUGUUAUGGAAACAUUUUGGUAUGUGAUUGCUUUCACAUAAUAAAAUAAAUUCAACAAAAUUUUGUUUGUGAAUAAAUAGAAUCAUGAAAUAAAAAACCUUUAUCAUUUGAACAUUAAUUUUAAAAAAAAACUAUCAAUUUAAUAGUGCAUAAUUAUUAAAGGACUGUUUAUUAUGUUAAAAUCUUUAGGUCUCUUGCUAAUCAGAUUGUUGAUUCAGUGCGACCAGGAGAUUUUAAUCAAUCGUUAAUGGAGCUAGGAGCAGUUGUUUGCACCCCUAAAACGCCUUCUUGUGGACAAUGCCCAGUGAAAAAUAUGUGUAGAGCUUAUUCAAUGGUAACCCCUUAAAUAUUGAUACAAUUUACUUACAUUGCAUUCUAAUUUUAUAUUAUUUUGUUAAAAUUACAUAAAUUAUCACAUUAUUUAGCUAAUAAUGAAUGUCAUAAGUUUCACUAGUUCUGUCUGUUUAAUUAAGAACAGAGAGUUUUCUGAAUUUAUUAUAAAAUGCAUGCAACACAUAGAGGAAAAAAUGGCCAUCUCACUUAAUUCUAACUUGACAUUGAUGAAAAACGGAAAAGUGUGUAUGAAUAUUGAUAUAAGUAUAUAAAAUCAAUGUGGGAAACUGAAAAACCGGAGAUGGAUAUAAAACACAGCGCAGGCUAAAUAGCUUCACUGGUGACAGCACUUCACGGGAGCAGAGUUUUUUUUUGUAAAGCAUAUGUAGAAGGAAGACUCCAUCACUUUGCUUUGCAACAUUAAAUGUAAGAAACAUGUGUCUUGGAUUUGACAUCGACCUACAACUAAUUGAUGACACGAGAAAGACUGCUGUUAUUGACAAGGAAAUCACCAGACUCAACAAUGACAUUGCCUAUCUCCAAGAGACCCAACUAAUGGAUAGUAGUACCAUCAAGGAAGCCAGCAGGGGAAGCCCGCAGAUGAACCUAGGCAGCACAGUUUUGGAUUGUGUUACCAUUUGAUUUCAUAAGUUGGAGUAGCCUGUUCAGUAUCUUGCAUUGAAAAUAGUUUGUCCCCCACAAUUGCUCACAAGCAUGUAGCCAUUACACGAAAACAUGCACUGCACAGUAACCUUCAAUGGUGCUGUCUAUGAGCCAUUGCCAGUUAGCAGUGGAGUAAAACAAGGCUGUGUAUUGGCACCAAUGCUCUUCUCCUUUCUUCUCGAUGGUUCUUCAGGGACUGUGAAGACGGCGUGUACAUCCAUACCAGAUCUUCUGGUAGGCUGUUCGAUAUCGCCCCCAUUCAUGUAAAGACCAAUUUAAUAAAGGUACCAACUCAUGAACUGCUGUUCACAGACAAUGCCUUAGCAUAGCACACAGACGAAGGUCUUUUAGUGGCUCUCACAGACAUGUAAAGAGUUUGGACUGUCAAGUAAUGUACAUAAAACAAAUGUCAUGAUGCAAGAAGCAUGUCCCCUCCAAAUAUAUUUAUUGAGGGUCGUAAUCUGUCGGUAGUUGGGUAUUUCACAUACGUUGAAUCCAAUAUCUCUAGUUCAUUCUCUGUUAACGAACAACAGGAUUGCAAAAGCAGCACCAACUAUUGCUAAAUUAAAUAAACUGGUAUGGAAUAAUCUUAUUAAACUAACUGAUAGUACAAACUAAGCAUCUAUGAGGCGUGUGUGCUUCAUAUGCUCCUAAAUGGCAGUGAAGUGUGGACCACAUAUGCCAUUCAUGAGCAGAAACUCAACAGCUUCUGCGCUGUAUUUUUCGCAUUUGGUGACAUGACCAUGUGCCUAACAGAGGGUUUGGACCAUGCAAAAAUGUGUAACAUAUUCUCCACUCUUAGCAAGAAGCGCUUUCGCUGGUUAGGCCAUUGCAGGAUCAGCCUAGUAAGCCAGUUGAUGAAGUGUCCAUAGCUACUCGCGAAGAUGGAAGAAUGCCAUAUAUAUUAUUUAUUAAAGAAGCAGUACUUGUACUGAAAGGAAAAGAGGAAAAAAUAAUAUUUUGUCUAUUGUGAGUGUACUUCUUUUGAAAGAAACUGACAUACACACAAUUAUUAUUCUUCCGUCCACUUUUACUGGGGAGGCGUCGCGGGAGCUUUAGUUGACAAUUGCCCCAAAUUGUGAAGCCUGCUGGCGUUUCAUUUUGUGGAUUUUAGGGUGUUAAUCCACUGACUGCAUGUUCUUCCUCUGGCCCUGAAACGGGAUUGCCUGCUUUUAUAUGCCUGCUAUUCAGGUAGGUUGAUAGGCAUUCUGACCAAGUGGCUAAACCAAUUAUUUUGUUGUACCAUGAACUGGCUGAUUGGUAUGUCUUAUUUCCUGGGUUCAGAAUGUGAUCCCUUCUUGUUUUACAAACUACUCGCCUUAAACAUCUCAUAUCGCUGGUGAAUAUUUUUCUCUCUUAACUUAUUUAGAGCCCAGAUUUUGCAUUAAGGGUUGAAAUAAAGGCAGCAUUAAUUUGCCUGGCUUUGGUCUCAGUCUAUGUUCUUGGGUGUCUAGGUGGCUGACUGAAUAUUGUCUGUAUCUCUUAUCCAUUUUUCCAUCCUCUGUGAAAAUGCUUCCCAGAUAUUUAAACUUAAACUCCCGGUUUAGACUGAGAAGCUGACUUUUGAUAUUUUAUUCACUUGUUCUGGGACCUUGAUCUUAGUUUUUGCUUAUUUUCAUGCCAUUAAGAAAACAAUGUUCAGGAUAUCAACAUUGCUCUGCAAUUGUGUCUUGUUAUAUUCAGAAUGCAUGGGUCAUCUGCAAAUAGCAAUUCAUUGACUGUCUCAGGAUUUAGAUUGGCAUCCUUUGUAAUUUUGUCCAUGUAUAUCAUGAGCUGCAAUGGCAAUAUAAUGCAGCCCUGUCUGACUCCAGAUUUUACUUCAAACCACUCAGACUGAGACUUCUUGUAAAGUCGCCUUGAUGUUAUCGAGGAGCUGUUCUUUUACUCUGUACAUUUCCAGCACCCCCAGAGCUAAUUUCUGUCAACCCAUCAAGCUUUUUCACACAUUUAGUGGAGUGCUAAGAUUUCCUUUUUUAAAGUAAUUAAAGCCAAAAUUCCAUUCCUAAGAAAUUGGUCAACUAUAGCUUGUGUCAGCAUCUCCAAAAACUGCUUAAAUAUUUUACCAGGGUUGCUGAGGAUAGAGAUGCCUCUGUAUGUGCAGCAGUCUUUUUUUUGUUACAUUUCUUCUUCCACGUAGGGACCACUCUCUGCCUGUCUUCUGGGUUGUUUCUUUCUUUCCACACUUGUUGAAAGAUGAUUUUGAGCCAUUUAAUACUGAGCUCUCCGCUUGCAGUUAUGGUUUCUAUGGCAAUUCCAUCUACAUCAACAGCCUUGUUCUUUGGACAGGUCCUUACCGCAUCACAGACAUCUUUUUCAAGCAGCUCUUUAAAUGAUCCACCCAUUUCUGUUUGACUUUAGUUUCAUAAAAGAUGGGAUUGCUGUUUAGUUCAUUUAUCACAGAGGUGGGGUUGAAAGGCUCAUCCCUGAGUAAAAUGGUUUUGACUCUUUUAUUGGACUUUUGUCACGAGCUGUAGGUGAUUGUUUUCUUCCAUCAAAUUCUUUUACACGUUUAUAUGUUUAUACAUCGUAAUCACACAGAAUUCAAAACAAGCCAUUUUACAUUAGCAAUGUAAACUUUAAUCCAGAAACAUAUAUAUCAGGCUGUACAAUGAAUCAAACACAUGUAGAACGCAGUUUGCUAUUACUAAAAGUAGAAGAAUACAAAGUUCUCUUAUUGAUUGACUGCCCAACAAAAAUUCAUGUACACCAAAGAUAAACACAACGUCACAUAAAAUACAUUACAAGCCCUAAAGUUGGGAAAAGCAUUCAUUAACUUAACUACCCGGUACUACAUAAGACACACCACACACAAUAAUACUAGUGAAUACCCAUACUCAGACUCUCUUGAGGACUGCUCAACUCCUCUCUGUAAAUAUUUCAUGAUGCAUCCUUGGCAUUUUUCACCACUUACUGCUAAUUUUUCUGACAAGUCUGCAGUUCAUUUUCUUCAGUCUGAGAUUUCAAAUUUUUUUUUUCACCCACACAUUAUAAAGUACAUUUUCCCCCUUGAUUGUCAUUGUUUCCCCAUUUGGUGUUGAAAGAGGGUAUUUGCUAAAACAAGUUCAUAUUCUGCUCAGGGGCUUAGAAGGUGGUGACCAUUAUAAUAGCUUUGUAAGUGUCACUGUGGGUGCCUGGGUGUGAUUUCCAAGGGUCUCUUUGUCUCUCUACCCAUCUGUUUGUCACCCAUGACCACAAUAUUCUCUUCAUCUGCUAUUUGGCCAAGAAUUUCAAAGACAUUGUCAUUUUCCUAAUCUAUUAACGUGUUGAUUUACCACAGCAUGGGUAAUGCAGCAUGAGGCGUUUUGAAGAUUUUGGUGUGUGGGGACAUUUACUGGCAGUCUCUUAUUUAGGAAACUUAUGUUCAUUUUUUUUUUAAAAGCAAUGGUAGGGGAGGGAAAUUUUUAUUGCUCACCACUAUUAUUUUUUAGUUCUACAACUUUGUAUCUUCCUGACAGAAGCAUAGCUACCUUUUAAAAAAAAAAUCUUUUCCACUCGGGGUUAGGUUAUUGAUACCGCUGACUGGGUGUUGAUAUCGCUGAUUGGGUGUUGAUAUAGCUGUCUAUUUAUAUGAUGGCCCAUUGCACAAGAAGAUGCCAGAGUUUCACUACUGUAAUAUUUGGCACAUUAUUAUUUAUUUAUAUUAUUAUACACAUACGCAAAGAGUUCAGUCUCAUAAAUGUCUAGUAUGUAUAUGGAGAGACGGAUAUGAAAAAACAAUAUGCUAAACAGAUACAUUUUUUAAUAAUUGUUUUCCUUAAUUUUAAGUUGGGGUUGUAUUGAUCGUGCAGUAGAAAUUACAGGUCAAAAUUAUUUUCAGCUAACAUUCAAACAAUCAUCAUAAAUUUUAUCUCCUAACAGAUUGAAAGAUCCAAAGAAAGGUCCACCAAAAAAGUUUGUAAACCUCCAAGUAUUGACACCAGAAAUGAUCUCAUAGAUAUUGAAUGCUGUGAGCCCAGUUCAGAUAUUUUAUUGCUUUUGUUACAAUUUGUUGAUUUUCAACAGUUUACACAAAAGUUUUACAAAGUAGUUUAUUUUAAACUAUUCAAAUUAAUUUUGGUGUUUAUAAUAGUAAUAUAAUAAUAGAUAAACCUAUUGGUAUAAGUAUGCUUUAUGUUAAGGUUGCAAAACUUGUUUCUCUUCAAUUAGUGAUACCUGACUGUAAUUUGUGCCUCCCUUCUGACCAGCCGUGGGAUAAAGAGUUAGUUUUCUUUAUUUAACAUACUUGAUUACUUGUUUGUACUGUAUUGAAGUCCUAAAAAUUUAGCACUUAUCUAGGCUCUUAUUUCACAUGUAUGAAUAAAAACAUAACAUUUAAUUACACUAUACUUUAUAAUUAAUUGUCUAUAAAUAUAUUUAUAUUUGGGGUCCUGACCUUUGGAUUGGUAACCAGGGGCAGAGAUAUAUAAUUUGUCUUGUAAGCUCUAAUGAUAAUGUUAAAAAAUGUAACACUUUUAAACAUUUUUUGCAGAUUAGGUGUUCUUAAUUUUCCCCGCAAACCAAAGAAGGCAGCCCCUAAAAAGGAAGAAAUAAAUGUUCUUAUACUGACUUUAGCCAGUAAUCAAGAUAUUAAGGAAGAAACAAGAUUUCUUAUUCAUCAAAGACCAGCAAAAGGUAUUAUUUAACAUUAACAAACAAAUCAAUCCAUAAAUUUAGAAAAAUCGAAUACCCGGCAACAGAAAUGUAACUCUUAAAACUGUUAUAGUUCAAAAAGAAACAAAACAAUAGUAAAGAGUGUAAUUUCCUAACUCAGAGUAUAUCUACCUUUUCAGAUGUGUUUGUUUAAGAUAAAAUUUCAAGGCAGAUUAAUUUUUAAAGAAAAAAUAAAUUUUUAAUAAUUUAUUUGCUUUAAUUUGACAUCCCUACUUAGGACUGUUGGCAGGACUUUGGGAAUUUCCUACUAGUACUGGAAAUAUUAAAAUGGCAGAAGCUCUCAGUAGGCAAUAUGGUUUUCAUGAAGACAGUGUCAGAUGUUUAAGAUCAAUUGGAGAGGUUUGUUCUUAUUCGUUCAAAUAUCAGUUACCUAUACUGUUUUUAAGUUAGAAAUAUGUACAGACUUGCUUGAGUAUUAUAAUUUUCACAACAUAUCAAUGUAAAGUUAGGCAUUCCAAAUUUUAUUGAAUUCACUAACAUUGUGAUAGUUUUUGCAAACUUGAUUGAAAUAUGUUGUAACUGAAAUAUGGUGCUUAAAAAUAAUUUUGUUUAUAGUAAAUAGUAAAAGUUAUGUAAACUGUUAAGACAAAAUAUUUUUGAUAUACUAAGGAGACAGUAGACUUAUUAAUUUAGAUUUGAAAAAUGAAAAACAUUCUACACAAGUAAGUACAUAAUUUUAAUUAUGUGUUUCAAUGUUUAGCAAUUGAUGCUUUACAAAGAGUAAUGCUUUGCAUGUUUAGAGCUUUCAUCAACAGUACAGCUUUGCAUGGUAAUGGUAGUUUACUUACAUUUUAAAAAUCUGCCAAUUUUUUUUCUAAGCUCAUGUCCACCCUUUGUAGAAUGUGCAAGAAAUAAGUUUGGUCACAUUUAGCAACUUGUAUGGUAUUUAGUUACAAACAAAAUGAACUACCCGGUAUUGUUUUUGUAAGUAAUCUGCCCAAUACCUGCUAAUACAUGCAAUGGAUUACUCUUUUACUUAGAUGUAAUAUAAUUUAUUUAUUUUUUUUAUUAUUAAAGAACAAAUUAUAUACCCAUUAAAUAGGCCUAAUAAAAAUGAUUUUUACAAAUAUUGUUAAAUGUUUUAAAAAAUAUAAUUCAAAAGUCAAUUUAAAUUCCUGUUUUCAAACUGUAGAAAGUAAUUUAAAUAAAUAAUGCAUUAAAAGAAAAGCUGUGCAAAAAAAUUUUAAUGGUAGAAAUAGCUUGAAGGAGCCACUAGUUCAAGGGAUCAAAGAUCUGCAGUGGUUAAAUGGUUGGAGAAGCCAGUAUAGGAACUGCUCAUUCCUGCCAAAGGCAAUCAGGGACUGAAACAAGCUUCCAAAAGGAACAGUUGAGGCAACAACACUUGACACAUUUGAGUCUAUUGCCUCAGGCCUUCCAACCCCCAGGGCAUGAUAACCUCACUAAGUAGCCCUUGCAACUAGUGAAAUAUCCUCAACACCAGGCAUAGAAACAUUGCGAAUCCCCUUUACAUACAUAGGAGCCAGAAUGAUCAAUAUGUUGAUCAUGGGCCCUUAAUAUAUAGAAGAAGAACUAGGAAUACAAAUCUUUUUGUUUUUGAUAUACUGGGUACCUUUCAGUUUCAAUAAUGUGUACACAGUCAACAUCCACCAUCAUGACUUUUAUCAAAUAUUUUCUGCUCCGUGACUUUUACUAGUUUUACAUGUACAACAUAUACAACAUAAAAUCUGGAGAGUGUUGAUCUGAUAAGUACAACCAUGGUAGUAUUAGCAGAUGUAAUUCUCAAAUGGGGCUAUCAAUAUAUUAUGUAUGCAAAAAAAGUCAUUUUACAACCCUUGCAUUUUUGGAAAACCUCACCCUUUGUAUGUACAUAUGAGUAUUUAUUAUUGGUUUUAUAUCAGAAUGUUGACAGCUUUGCAGGUUAAAUUUUUAACUAAUAUAACAGUCUACACAAACUUAAAUUUUAGAAAUUGUAAUUGUACUAACUUGUUAUUGUCACUAUAAAUUAUAAUUUCCCCAGAUAACUCAUAUAUUUUCACAUGUUCACCAUCUUUAUAAAAUUUGGGCAGCCAGUUUGGCCAAGGAUCAAAAUGUAUUGUCAAGGGAAGAUAAUUUUUUAAGUAAAUGGCUUACAGAGAGCCAACUUAAAGAGACUGCAAUGUCCACCGGAAUGAGAAAGGUAUCAAUGACAUUAGAUAUCAUUAUGUUUGGAAACUUUUCUGAAAUUGAUCUAAUCGGUUUUUCACCAUUCACAAUACAAAAUGUUAAUGAUUGACCAAUUUGUUAUGAGCACUUUUCCUCAUUAAAAGAAGAUUUUGCCUUUUAAAAUAUUAUUGCAUUGAAACAAAAGUAUUCCAUUACUUACAGUUAUGUAAUUCUGAUGAAAGGUUUUUAAGGUCUACAAAGAUUCCUGCGAGCCUCAAAAACCUAAUUUCAAAAGGAAAAGGGAAACUACUAUUGAGGAUGCUACUACUACUAGUCUCAAACGAAUUCAACCAUCAAUAUCUGAUUUUCUUACAAGAAAAUGAAACUCGCUUAAUGUUUUGCUAUGAAGAUUACUGCGAGCCUCAAAAACCUAAUUUCAAAAGGAAAAGGGAAACUACUACUGAGGAUGCUACUACUGCUAGUCUCAAACGAAUUCAACCUUCAAUAUCUGAUUUUCUUACAAGAAAAUGAAACUCUUAAUAUUUUGCUAUGAAGAUUUCUUAUGACCC